ACGCCUCUGACUUGACACCCUUUCUCUUUUUUUGUUUUUAUUCUAGUGCUGCACCUGUGCUUGACUGUCAGGACUGAGUGCCAGCGCCUCCCCAGGAGGGGACAACAGCUCUGUGACAAAGGUUCCUGGACGCAGCCCUGCCGGGACCCCCAGAUGUCCAAGCAGGAAAGGCAUGGAGGAAAGCUACGAGACUUUUGAAGAAGAGCUAGGACCACCGAGAGAAGAUCUUCCUCCGCGGAAGCCCGUUCGACAACACCCAAGACCAGCUGAAAUGUACAUCAACAGGAAAGUUAGAGAGGAAAUGUCUGCAGCUCCUCAGCAAUCAAAAGUAGAGCCAACGACCUUACCGAGGGAACCGAGCGCUCCCAAGAAACUUCCUUUACAUAAAAGUGCGUCCAUGCAGAAUGUGAGCCAGAGUGAAACACCGUGGGAGAACGUCACACUCAACCGCUGUCUGUUUGUGGCCAUCACCAUUCUGGUGCUCACUUCAGGGAUGCAGAGACUUCACGAGGCUCUGCGUGGUCGGGAGGGCACAGAAGAGGAGGAAGAGGUGGAAUUGACUGAGAGACAUCAAUCCUCAUUACCACACAGAGGAAAACCACCACAGCUUGAGACAACUCUCUGGGAAGUUUUGUUUUGGUGGCUGCCAGACCUUGACAAUGAUGUUGGGAAACGACAGGAGAGGAAGGGAGGUCUCCGAAACAAACCAGUACCAGACAAAAAACUCAUGAAGCAUCGAGAGGGGACAUUAAAGAGCAGAAGAGCCAACAAAAGCAAACAUCAACAGGCUAAAGACAAGAGCAAAAUGGAAGAAUUGAAGACACCGGAGGAGGAAAAAGAGGAGGUACCUGACACUAAGACACGGCAAAAGAAAAAAACGAAUCAAAAAGGAUGAUUCGUCUUUCUUGGUGUCGACGAAUUGUUGCGGUUUUGUCCACAACUUCUAGCAUUAGACUUGGCUAUGAAUAUAGCUAAAUGAAUGGAAUUAAAAGCUCCAAAAUGUGUCCUUCUGUUUUUGUGCUGAACUAAGCUACCACAACCAUUAACAAUUAAUUUACACAUACAGUAACUAUACUUAAAGUUUAAGCCCGUAGACACAGAUUUUAAAACACAGUUUCUAUUCA